UUAUACGAUGGCCACAAGCACACAAAACUGCGACAGAAUAUAUAUUUUUCGUCUUUUUACACUGGUUCUUGAUGGUGGUUCGUAUGUGUACAGAAAGGUCCUUGAAUAUCGGGCCUGCGAAAAAAACAAAGAUUUAAAGACACAUUUAAAUAAUUCAAAGAAGGAAAUACAGAAGUCAACACGUGUAAAUAAACAACAGUUGGAGAAACUCUUUCCAAACAACGGCCCAGCCAUCGCAACAACAGCCGAUGAGUUUGAUAUAACACUGCUGGCCUUUCUGGUACAAAAUACAUGUAAAUAUCCAGGAGAAAAUUGGAUAAAGCCGGAGGAUGACAAUUCUGAAGUUUCAAACCUAGUGCGAGUGCGGGAAUUUCGAAAUGAUAUUCUUCAUAGUGCUAAAACGGAGAGAUUUGAUGAAGAGGAGUUUCUUAAGCUGUGGAAUGACAUAGAAAAGGUUCUUCUAAGACUGAGGCCUAAUGAUCAGAACCUUGUAGACAAAAUUAAAGCAUGGCAGACAGAACCAUUUGACAAAGACCUGGAAUCAGAAUACCAGAAAUUGAAACUGCAACUAGAAAAAUGGGAGGAAUGGGAAGAUGUACAAGAGAGGGUGAAAAAGCUUGAAACGAAAGUGGAAAAAGUGGAAGACUUGUUGAUGAUUCGAGAUAUUGAUGACCAAGCCUUUGACAUAAAGAUUGGUGCACUCCGUGACAUAGCAAGAGAUGUGAUAGCGACACACUGGGAAAUACUUGCAACAGAUCUGAAUGUCCCACAGGUAAAAGUCACUCAAAUAAGAGCAACUGCAAUGGAAGAAGAGGAAAAAAUAUUUAGGAUGUUAUGUAUCUGGCAGUGCAAUGCAGACGGAAAUACCUCUUUUGAAGCUUUGUUCAAAGCACUUAAGGAAAACGCAUCUACAGUUAUAUUCGAUGAACAUAAACUUAAAGACAUUGAAAAAAAGUAUCAAUUAGUUUAGAAUACGGGCAAGCUAUUCCUCUUGGUAACCAUUGUCCGAUGAUCAAACUGACCGAGAACACGCUCUGUAACUGUAUGUUAAUUGCUUAAUCAUCAAGAAGGUUUUAUUUUAACUGUAUCGCAGAAGACACAUUCGGCUGUAUUACUAAUACAUUUGUAAUUGUUUGAUGAUAGUAUAUUAGUAAUCUGUUGAUACCUGCACAUGAAUUGUGAAUACCGUAUUUUGGCUAAGGUUUAUAUAGAGUGAACAGCUUAACAGAAAAUGACAUGAAUGACAAUGAAAAUGUUUUAUUCUAGAUUUUGUGAACAAAGUUAAGUCACUGUGGACGCUAGACAAUUUUCCUCUUUUAGCUUCAUAAUAAUGUGAACAAAGCCUAAAAGGAGACAUUUCUAUCCUAUUUAGGUUAUUAUUUACUAUAUCUAGACACUUUUCAUUUGUACACUGUUUUGAACUUUCUAUCAUAAAACAAUUAGUCUUGUACCACGCAAUCUUUGUUUUAACAUUGUCGUUUAGUUUAAAUCAUAGUAUAGCCAUAAAAUUUCCUUAACCACUG